UAGUUUGUUCAGCGGUAGUGACGUUUAUAGUGUUGCUGCUUCUUGGGCUCGUGGGUCAUAAAUUAGCUCUGCAUUGCAAAAUAACUACGGUAUAAAUUGACUUUUUUGUUGUUGUUGUUCAUUUUCACAGGUAACAAUCACGGAAUAUAUUGAAUCAUGGUCGUAAACGUGUUCUUGAAACAAUCCGAUUAAAACGUGAAUGCUAGAAAGUUAAGACUUGGAAGUCAAAGACAUGACAUUUUAACAUUUGACCAAAGUCAUUUGCUUUGGUUACUUACAUAGCUACGCAUCUGUUUAGUAAGAGUCGCGUAAUGUUAGGAGACAUGAUUCUGAGGGCUUUCAGACUGACAGUGAGAGUGUCUGCAGUGGUUCAGUGUCCAGCCCUCCAUUCACACAGAGCACUGCACUCCAGCUCUGCGCUCUGGGCAGGACACAACAAAUGGUCCAAAGUGAAGGACAUUAAAAUCCCCAAAGAUGCUGCUCGAUCCCGAAUGAUUGUCAAGUACACCAUGAUGAUCAGGAUUGCAGUAAGAGAGGGAGGACCCAAUCCAGAAUUUAAUGUUGCUUUGGCACAAGUUCUAGAGCAGUGUCGGAACAAGAAUGUACCCAAAGCCACCGUAGAAGGAGCUAUAAAAGGAGCCAAGUCAAAGCCAGGAGUACAAUAUGUUUAUGAGGCCGCGGGACCUGGCGGGUGCACGCUGCUCAUUGAGGUUUUGACUGAUAACAACACGCGGUCCCAUCAAGAAAUCAAACGGAUCUUGAUGAAACAUGGUGGGGGGCUGUGUGAAGGAGCGCGCCGGAACUUUGACAGGAAAGGUGUUGUGGCCGCAUCCAGAGAUGGGAUCUCCUCUGAGAGAGCUCUAGAGCUGGCCAUUGAGGCAGGAGCUGAAGAUGUGCAGGAGAUAGAGGAUGAGGAGGAGCGACCCAUACUACAGUUUAUCUGUGACAUUGCGUCCAUGAAGGCUGUGCGGAGUGCUCUAGAAAGUCUGGGGGUACCCACGCUUUCAUCCGCUCUGGAGUUUGUUUCUCACACCCCGUCUCUCCUGACUCAGGCUCAGCUAGAGACCGCGUCCUCACUGCUGGAGGCUCUCAAUGACUGUCCUGAUGUGGUCCGGGUAUGGGAUAACAUCCAUGCACAGACCUAGAGUUCACAAUAAGUCAACUGACAAAUGGAAGAACACACAGAUAGAUGGACUAGUUAGUGAUCUACAUGCCUUAAGAGCAACUAAAAGAAAUGGUCAUGCUUGGCCAAAAUUUUUUGGACUUCACUUGGAUUUUUUGUGUGAUGGUAAAUAAAUAAUGAUAUACUGUAUCUUCAUCAUGGCAAUAAAGAAGAUAUUCAUA